AUGCGUGCUGAUUACGCGCCUCUUAAUCCAUUAACAAUCUCCUGGGAAGUUCCAAGAGAUCACGUGAACAUAGAAAAAGUCAUUGGUAAGGGUGCUUUUGGUCAGGUUGCUAAAGGAAUAGCGAUUGGACUUCGAGGAAGGCCUGAGGCGACACCAAUUGCCAUUAAAAUGCUUAAAUGCAACGCCGCCGAAUCUGACAAGCGAGAUUUAAUGAAAGAACUCGAAGCAAUGAAGCAACUGGACCCUCAUCCUCAUGUUAUUAAACUUCUGGGAUGUGUCACGCAAUCUGAGCCACUUCUGGUACUGAUCGAAUAUGUUCCUUUUGGUGAUCUGCUUGGUUACCUGAGAAAGAGCCGUGGAUUAAAUGACACUUACUACAAAGACCCGGAUAUCAAGCCACAAACAAAUUUGACGUCACAACAGCUAAUGAAGUUCGCUUGGCAAAUUGCUGAUGGCAUGAGUUACUUGUCCUCAAAAUCUAUCAUUCACCGGGACCUCGCAGCUCGUAAUGUGUUGGUUGGACAAAAAGAAACGUGUAAAGUGACAGAAUUUGGAAUGGCCAGAGAUGUGCAGCUGGAAAAUGUAUAUGAACGAAAGACAAAGGGUCGUCUUCCAGUGAAGUGGACAGCCUACGAGGCAUUGUUGUAUGGCACAUAUACCACCAAAAGUGAUGUAUGGAGUUAUGGAGUUGUCCUUUACGAGAUUUUCACUAUAGGCGGUUCUCCGUAUCCACGGAUAGAUGGAAGAAAGAUUGCCAACUUACUUCACCAGGGAUACAGAAUGCCUAGACCGCAGCACCUGGAUGAUAAGUUGUAUCAGAUCAUGAUGAGAUGCUGGCAAAAUGACCCCGACGCGAGACCAACUUUUGUUACUUUGAAAAACCAGCUGAAAGACAUUGAAACCUUACACAAGAGGCUGAUCAACAUGGAAAUGUACGAUAAGAGUUUGUAUGCAAACCUUAAAGAUUUAACAGUGUAGAUGGUAACGCUUCCUCAAUUAUGUGCCCGACUGUUUGAACACUUUGCCACCAUAGGGAGCAAUUUUUUUGUACUGAAUGCAAAUACUUUUGAACUCAAAAGCGUGUGGGUCUUACUUUGUGGUUUGUUUCGAAAUCAUUGUCCUUUUUUUCCCUUUUGAAGUUUUCUAGAGAGCCAGGUGGAUAGCUCUUCAAGACACUCAUGCUCAACCUUAUUGCUCAAAGGUUUUUUUGUAUACGAUUUUUUCUACAGUGGUAUUAACAUUUCCAAAAUGCAGCAACUUAAAAAAAAAGUCGUUAGUGCUAUUUCAUGUUUGCUCACUUGAGUUUUUAAACCUCGGACACACAAGUUAACUGAAGGAAGAAGUAUUUUAAGAGCAGAAUUAAUGGUAUCUCUGGAAAAAWUGGUUCUCAUGGUAGUUGGCAGCUGAGUUUAAACUCGUAAUUUUAAUUUCCUUUCAUACGAUAGUUUCAACACCAAUCUUGUAUAGAUAAGCAGAAAACUUUAAUUACUUUACCACUCUUAUUUCCUAAGCUGCGCUACUGCAAUUAAGAUAGGUAUAUUUUCUAUACCAGAGCUAUGUAUUCUCACCKAAAUUUCCUAUUUUUAAUGGCCUCGAGUUUAUUCGAUCCCUCCUUUUAAUUUAAAAUUCUUUU